CAAGGGAGAGCCUGGGUAGGCUCGGGAUUGAUUGAUUGCUGUUUUCGCGGUGCGCAGGAAUGAUGUUUGUUUUGAUACGCGCACUCUCGGACGCGCUGGGCACGGCAUUAUCGCACUAUAUAUGUGACUUUCCUGGAAUGAGCUCCCCAGUGGGGGGGCGGAUCACUAUAUUUUUUUUCUUACACGAUUGAUCUUGUCCGUCCGUGUGCCGUGUUGUAAGAAAAAAAAAGUUUGCGCGUUUUCAGUUUCUCUGGUGGGCGGAUACUGUGGGCAAAACAAACCUACAUAAGCGUCACGGUCUCUUGGGGUGUUGGUGCGUGCUUGAUGUAAUAGUAUUAUGGGAAACAUAUAGACUUGUACAAUUCAUAUAAUUAACCUGCAACGUCUUUGACCAAACAUGCGAAUUGCGAUAUGAUUUCAAUUCGCAACUCCCCAAACGGGAGUGAUGAAAUGAGGCCAACCUUCUUGAUAGCGCUGUGUUUUUGCCUUGGUACGAAGCUUGGAACAGCUUGCGCCAUUAGUACGCGUAGCGAGAUACUACGGGGGAAGAGCUUGACAGACACGGAGGGGCGCAUUGCAGUCGAGUGCUAUUCCGGGCCAUUGUUUUCUCCACGGGCCGCUGAACCAAAUAUAGAUGCCGCGGUUGCAAGAAUCGAAAGGAUCGAUGAAACGCUACGAAGCUGUCUUACCGUUUUAGAACUAUCGUCAGCUUUACGCAGGAUGGCAUGUUCACUAAUAUGGAGGAGGCAUGGGCCUCUCAAAGAACGCCCAAAGUUGCUCCAGGGCUGCUUGUGCUUGUGAAGAGGCGCUAAGCCAGUAAUCUCGUAGUGGCAGCGCUCAGCCUCGUCUGGUUGGUCACCAUGACGUUGACGCAGACCCUUCAAGGUUCCAUGUUGGUUUGGCUCAAGGGUUCUGGGGCAGAGAAAGAUGGGACAGCAAAUACUUGUACUUGUCUCUGCUGCUCGAAGCACAGCAUUGGCAUUGUGUCUGUACAAGAGCCGUCACCGUCUGAAUAUAGGGACCUCCGCAGCUUCGGGCUCACUACCCGUCCACCGUAUUUACAAAAUGCCCUCUGUUACGAAGC